AUGAAAUCUUUGGCUAGAAAGACCUUAGUAAGCACUGGUUCAAGAUCCUUCGCUUCAACUGUCACACUUAACAUUCCUGAAUUUGAGCUUCACAGAUUAGAUAAGUCACAGAUGCCCAAGUAAGCCACCACUAACAAGGAUGAGCUUAUGUCCUACUUCAAAAGAAUGUCAGUGAUGAGAAGAACUGAGAUAGUGGCUGAUAAUCUCUAUAAGUCAAAGAUGAUCAGAGGUUUCUGCCACUUAUACGACGGUCAAGAAGCCAUUGCUGAAGGUAUGGAAGCCGCACUUACCUAUGAGGAUGCCAUAAUCACUGCUUACAGAGAUCACUGCCAAGCAAUAUGUAGAGGAGACACUCCAUACAGAGUUCUUGCUGAGAUGGUUUAAAAGAGAACCGGAUCAUCAGCUGGAAAGGGAGGCUCCAUGCAUUAUUACAACUCAAAGAACAAUUUCUAUGGAGGUAAUGGAAUUGUUGGUGCUCAACUUCCAGUCGGAACUGGUCUUGCUUUUGCUCUAAAGUAUCAAGGAAAGCCAAACGUUGCUGUUUCAAUGUAUGGAGACGGUGCUGCCAACCAAGGUCAACUUUACGAGGCUGCUAAUAUGGCUGCUCUCUGGAAACUCCCAAUGAUUUACGUUUGCGAAAACAACCUUUAUGGUAUGGGAACAUCAAAUGAGAGAGCUUCACACAACACUAAGUUCUAUACCAGAGGAGACCUAAUCCCAGGUUUCAAAAUUGACGGUUAAAACAUCCUUGUAGUUAGAGAAGCAAUGAGAUGGGCUAAGGAAUAUUGCGUUAAAGGCAACGGUCCACUCUUCAUUGAAUUCAUCACCUACAGAUAUCACGGUCACUCCAUGAGUGAUCCAGGUAUCACCUAUAGAACCAGAGAGGAAAUCAACGAGGUCAGAGCCAAGAGAGACCCAAUUGAGAUCGUAAGAAAGCUUCUUCUUGAAAAUAGCUGGGCUCAAGAGAGUGAGCUCAAGGACAUUGAGAAGAAGAUCAGGGCAGAUAUUGACGCUGAUGUUGAGAAACUUAAAUUAGACCCAGAGCCAAAUGCUGAAGAUCUCUACUCCCAUGUUGGUAUCGGAAAGCAUUACAUCAGAGGUGUUGAAUACAAACUUAGUCAACUCGAUUACUGA